AUGUCAUACGAUCCAAUCCCAGUACCCAAAGAAAUCCAGGUCACCAUUGGAAAAGGUAUCUCAGGUACUAUAGCCAUACCCCACUCUGCCGAAGCUGAAAACCCAUAUGAAGAUGGGUACGCACCAGCUACCCACAAGGCUGCUUUGAUUCUCCAUGGUCAGGGAGGUCACAGAGACUACUGCUACCAAAAACGUCUUGCUCACAAGCUUGCAGCCGAUCUCGGAAUCUACUCGCUUCGUAUUGAUUUCCGUGGCUGUGGAUCCUCGGCUGAAAAUGAAGAUGCUCAGAAAGGAAGAGUCCUUGCACAAGAUGUGGAUGACAUUCAAGCUUGUGCUGAGUUCCUUAGAGAUGGAAAGCUCAACCCUCUAGGCAUGUCAUUCACGUUGCUGUCGAUUAUCGGCCAUUCGCGUGGUUCUGUAGCCAUGUUCUUGUGGGCCAUGCUCCAAGAUGAGUAUCUGAAGCUUGGUGAUCCAAAUGCUAUCAUCGUUCCAAAUUUGAUUAACUGUUCAGGAAGAUUUUCUCUGCCUACUGUAGCUGACAGAUACCCUCUUCAUGACGAGUUCUUUAAAGAGGUACCCAUGAUGUGUCUCAGACAUGGCCAGAUGUCUGAGAUCUUGAUCCCCAAAAGUGAGUUGGUGUCUCUAUCCAAGCCCGAUCUCUCCAAGUUACACGGCUUGACUACAGAAUGGUCUGUCUUGAGUAUUUAUGGACUUGAGGACGAGAUUAUACCCAUUAAUGAUAGUUCCUUAUAUGCCAAUGCCUUGAACAGAGGUUAUUUCUCCCAUAGAUUGGAAUUAAUUCCCAAGGCUGACCACAAUUUCUAUGGAGUUGAACCAAUUGAACACGAUGACCACAACAUUGAACAAAAUCCAGAAAACUUACCACUUAACAAAAAGCAGGUUGUCAACUACAACUUUAAGGUGAUCGAUAUUAUAGCCAACUUCUUGAGUCCUGAAAAUGAACUCCAACGUUUCUUGCACACGUCCUUGGAGAUUGGAAGAUUAUCGAGAUGGAAAAACGUCGAAGGGGUGAGUAAUUUUAGAGAUAUUGGUGGUUGGAAGAUUCAUAAUCCCACUUUCCCCUUAAAUUCAAGCUCAAGUUUCCCAGAAAAAAGCGCCUUGCAGUACUAUGUCAAGCCUCAUACCGCUUUCCGUUGUGCUAAUAUUUCUGGCAUCAAACCAGCAGGUUUGAAAACUCUCCAAGAAUUGGGGGUGAAGGCUGUGUUCGAUCUUCGUUCUGAUGGUGAAGUUGAGCAAGAUGGAGUACCACAAAACUUAGAGCAGUAUGGAAUCAAAAGGAUACAUGCACCAGUCUUCUCCAAGGAUGAUUACUCUCCUCACGCAAUUGCUAUUAGAUAUACCAACUUAAUGACCAGUUGGAACACUUAUGUCCAUGUUUAUGAGAAUAUGUUGGAAUUUGGUAUUGGUGCUUACAGAACUAUUUUCGAGUACAUCCUCAAGGAAAACAAACCUUUCGUGUUCCACUGCACCGCUGGUAAGGACAGAACUGGUAUCUUAGGAAUGUUGAUAUUAUUGUUACUUGGUGUUGAUAAAAAUACAAUUGCCAAGGAAUACGAGUUGACGACCAUUGGCUUAAGACCAGACCAUCCUCAAUUAAGGGAAAAGUUUGUGGAAACGACCAGAAAGUUGAGAGAGAAAUUGGGCGAUAAUAGUGAUGUCGAACUCUUGAUUUCUCAAGGUAGAAAGAAUUGGACCAUCGAAGAAGAUGGAUUCAACAACUUGAUCAGUUCCAGAUACGAAGCUAUGUUGGCCACAAUUGAAAUGUUCCAUGAUACCUAUGGUAACAUUGUCAAAUAUAUGAAGACCGAAUUGGGCUUCACAGACAGUGAAAUCAAGAGAAUCUACGAAAACUUAAUUAUUAUUGAUCCUCAAAGUCGUGGAUUCGAAGUUUCGGGAGCUCUCAACUGGGACCACAGGAACCUGGGAAGAGUCAAGUUGUAA